CCCCCACCUUCCGCCCUUGCACAACACUGACCACCAACCGCCACCACUUCUGCUAUACUCACACUUGCAAUUAUUGCGCCCCCCUCUGAAAUCAUUCCUCGUGGCAGCGUUCAACUAUAACCCCAAGAUGCUGCAAUCGCAGCAGCAGCAGAUCUUUCAGAACCAUCAGCAUUUUCAGCCACAUGAUCAGAACAAUUGGCAUCAUGCGGCCCAACAACAGCAGGCCCAGCAGCAGCAACCCCAACAACAACAACCCCAGUUUGGCAUGCCCGGUAGACCUAUGUUGACACCUUCGCAGCCUUCUCCUGCUCCUAAUCCACAGUUGACUUUGAUGGGUGCUCGAGCUGGGACCGAAGAGGAUCCCAAGGUUUACGGGUGGAUACUUGAGUUGAUGCAGGGCAUUAAUAGAGAAACUGCUUUGUUAGAGUUGAGCAAGAAGAGGGAGCAGGUGGACGAUCUUGCGCUGAUUCUUUGGCACUCAGUUGGUGUCAUGACCGCCUUGUUACAAGAGAUCAUCUCCGUGUAUCCGCUACUCAUGCCAUCCAGCCUUACCGCCGCUGCCUCAAAUCGCGUGUGCAAUGCCUUGGCAUUACUUCAGUGCGUUGCGUCGCAUAACGAUACUAGAGGACUCUUUUUGAAUGCUCAUAUCCCGCUUUUUUUAUACCCAUUCCUUAACACGACGUCCAAGUCCAGGCCAUUCGAGUAUUUGCGCCUUACCUCGCUAGGUGUCAUUGGAGCUCUAGUCAAGAAUGAUUCCUCUGAUGUCAUCAACUUUCUCCUGUCCACCGAAAUUAUUCCUUUGUGCCUUCGCAUCAUGGAGACUGGAUCUGAGCUCUCCAAGACUGUUGCAAUUUUUAUUGUCCAAAAGAUCCUCCUCGAUGAUAUGGGGCUGGCGUACAUCUGUCAAACUUAUGAGCGGUUCUAUGCUGUCGGAACUGUCUUGAGCAACAUGGUCACCCAGCUCGUGGACCAGCAGACGGUUAGGCUACUCAAGCACGUGGUUAGGUGCUUUCUUCGCUUGAGCGAUAACCCUCGUGCUCGUGAAGCUUUGAGACAGUGCCUUCCAGAGCCCUUGCGUGACGCAACGUUUUCCUCGGUCCUUCGUGAUGACGCAGCGACAAAGAGGUGCCUUGCACAACUCCUAAUUAAUCUCUCAGAUUGCGUUGUUGAAUAAAACGACAACCCUUUCACUACCUACCCCAUAUCUCUUAUCCAUCCAACAAACUCUCACUCAGCCCAUAAAAAAACACCACCGAUAAACUAAUAAAGGCACAUGUAUGAAUAAUGAAGUGCAGGAAAAAGAAUCGAAAACCGAAAAAUCCGAAUAUGAUACUGGAUAUUGCUAUAACGGUUAAUAUCGGAUCGAUAUGAUAAGGGGAAGCUAAACCCGAGUUUUGAGAUAAUGACGAUGAUUAUGACAGCUAGGAUUUGUGAACAGAAAUUUGUGCCCUUUUACUUUUCUCUUUUUCCUUUUGAUUGCUCUGCUUUUCACAUUGUUGCUUUUGCCCUCACACCUCUGGUGCUUUCUCAGUUUACGUACCCCUUCUCAUUGUCUCCAAACUCAACACUUCAACAAUGCCUUUAAUGUUGUUGCUCACCCGUUCUCAGCAUUUCUUGGGGCAGGGAGCGAGAUACUCCUUUUCCCCAUGUUAGGUUUCUCUUGCUUCGCUUUUUGACUAUAGCUUGGUUCUUUCAUCCGGUGUUGCGUUGUUCCUUUUUAUUUUUUAUUUUUUUUAUUUUCCGGGUCUGGUCGGGUUUAGUUCACUUUUUUUCUUCUCUCUUUCGCCAUGGCGGACGGAGGAAUGGAUGGUUGGCAUGCAAGGAUGAGUAUGAUUAACCUAUCGUGAUAUAUUGUGGGUUUGCACAUGGUUUUUUUUAAGAAAAAAAAGAAAAAAGAAAAAAAAAGUGUGCUGGUUGGGUUGUUAGAUCGGAUGUUCCGAGUAAGUGGAGGACGAAUGGUGUGUACUUUAUCUUUUGCCAAGCAUGUUAGUAAUUUUAAAGUUUGGUGAUGCAAUGAUAGUGAUCGUUGAUGGCAGUCA